UUUUCCAAAACAAUUUCGAAAUAUAGAACAUACAUUUCGAUCGCCAUUUUUCUUACAAAGAAUGAGUAAUUGAAAGUUGAAACAUGCAUAUGAAAAUGAGUUAUAACCCUGAACUAGAUUUUAUUUACACUUAAGAGAUAAGUGAAUGAUGAGCGUUCUGAAAAGAAAAAAUGCAAAACUACUAGCCUGUGACAUUUCAACGAAAAUAACAAACAUCCUUGUCCACCUAUAUAAAUGAGUGUCGCAAUAGAUCAUUGAGAAUACUUCACGGUGUGAUACUAGAAUAGUCGUGAUAUAGACGCGCUUAUCGUUAAAGAGCAUGGGUCUGUCAGCAGCCGUACGAAUAUUAGCAGUGGUUACGCUUGUUACAUUCCUGCAUGAUAAAAAUGCCGUUGGGCAGACUGACAAGAAAAUCCAUCCAAGAUUGGCAGAGUUGGCCAGGAUAGCAGUCGAAUUAAAAUUGGACUUAGAGAGAGUAACAGAGACAUUGGAAAAUAAUUCACCUGGGAAAAAAGUAAAAGAGUGGAUCGGCGUGGCAAAUUCGAUGCUAAUGUAUAUGUUGUCAAAAUCGUUACAAUUUGGAAGUACAUCACCUAAAGGCUCGCCUCAAGCAACUGCCAUUUGGAAAUUUCGGGGAGAUAUAUUGAAAGAACUUCAGUUAGUCCACAAAAAUAUGAAAAAACAAAAGUCAAAAGCAGACAUGAUGAAGUUCUCAACCAAAUAUAAACGAUUGUGCAAUGAUCUCAAGGAAUGGAUUGAUGAAUAUACUGCAUCAACGUCUAAAACAAGCACAGAACAGCCAUGUCCAACAACAAUCCCAUGCCCAACUCAAGAACCAUGCCCCACACAAAAGCCCUGUUCUACACAAGAACCGUGCCCGGCAUGCCCAACACAAGAACCAUGCCCGAUAUGCUCAACACAAGAACCAAGCCCGACAUGCCCAACCCAAGAACCAUGCCCGACAUGCCCAACCCAAGAACCAUGUCCGACGUGCCCGACACAAGAACCAUGUCCGACAUUGGCCACCGAUACCCCAGUCUCUUCCACUCAGACAAUUGAAAUGACAACUCCAUUGCAAGAUAAUGGAGGUGUUGUAGUGGGUAUUGGACCUGGAAUCAAUGUCGCAUCAGGUCUGGGUACACAUGGCUGGUGGUCAAUAGACCCAGGUACAAUGGGAUCAAAGGUUUGGGUGAUCCGUGGUUAUGGCUGGAACGAUAUAACAAUAUUACAAGAAUAUGCAAACGAGGUUGAAUUGCGCAAAAACAACCCAAUGCGUUCAACAAACAAUAUUGCAGGUGUAGCAUGCGAUGGGACUGGGCAUGCAAUAUACAAAGGUCAUUUAUAUUGUAACCGGGCUAAUACAAACAAAAUAGUAAAGAUCAACAUAAACACUGCAAGCAUUGCUCAAGAGAGAGACCUUCCUGACGCCGGUAUACACAAUAAAUAUCCAUACAAUUGGAGUGGUUUCUCCGACAUUGAUUUUGCCCUUGAUGACAACGAUAUCAUGUAUGUCAUAUAUGGUUCUGUCAGAAGAAAUGGUGAUAUGGUAGUGAGUAAACUGGAUAUGGAUUCCCUUAGUAUUCAACAAACAUGGAGCACUACAAUUAAGAAAAAGAGCGUCGGAAAUGCAUUUGUAUUAGGAGGAGUACUUUAUGUGUUAAACAGUUACAACAACCCAACUCACAUUUCUUACAAAUUUGACCCACAAACUAAUACCCAAUCGCCUCUUGGACCGUCUGAUAUUCCUUAUGAGGGACCAAUGACAGGAUAUCUCACCCAACUUGCCUAUAUGCCUGGUACGGGGCUACUAUAUGUCUGGGAUAAUGGUAAUAUACUUAAGGUACCUAUUGCCUUCAACAGUUCGGGACUUACAACUUUGAGACAAACAUCUGAAGUAUCGACUAUCCAAACAUACCCAACAUCUGAAGUUUCUAAAUAUCCGACUACCCCAGGCUGCAAUGGUGGUAAUUGCGACGUUGACAUUGGAAAUGCAAUAAAUGUGACAUCUGGUUUUGGUACACAUGGCUGGUGGUCAGUAGAUCCUGGCACACCGGGUUCAAGGGUUUGGGUGAUACGUGGAUAUGGCUGGAACGAUAGGACAACAUUACAAGAAUAUGCAAACGAAAUUGAAUUGCGCAAAAACAAUUCAAUGCGUUCAACAACCAACAUUGCAGGUGUAGCAUGCGAUGGGACGGGGCACGCAAUAUACAAAGGCCAUUUAUAUUGUAACCGAGCUAAUACAAACAAAAUAGUAAAGAUCAACAUAAACACUGCAAGUAUAGUCCAAGAGAGAGACCUUCCUGACGCAGGUGUUCACAAUAAAUACGCAUACCAAUGGGGCGGUUUCUCCGACAUUGAUUUUGCCCUUGAUGACAACGAUGUUAUGUAUGUCAUAUAUGGUUCUAUCACAAGAAAUGGAAACAUGGUAGUGAGCAAACUGGAUCGGAAUUCCCUUAGUAUCCUACAAACAUGGAACACUACAAUUAAGAAGAACAGCGUUGGUAAUUCAUUUGUAUUGGGAGGAGUACUUUAUGUGUUAAACAGUUACAACAAUCCAACUUACAUUUCUUUCAAAUUUGACACACAAACUAAUACUCAAUCGCGUCUUGGACCGUCUGAUAUCCCUUAUAAGGGACCCAUGAAAGGAUAUCUUACUCAACUUGCAUAUAUGCCCGGGAGAGGGUUAUUGUAUAUCUGGGAUAAUGGUAAUCUACUCCAGGCACCCAUUGCCUUCAACAGUUCUGGACUGACAACGUUGGGACAAACAUCCGAAGUAUCGACUAUUCAUACAUAUCCAACAUCUGAAGUUUCAACCAAAACUACCCCAAAUUGUGAUGGUGGUAACUGCAACGUUGACAUUGGAAGUGCAAUUAAUGUGACAUCAGAUCUGGGUACGCAUGGCUGGUGGUCAAUAGAUCCAGCUACACCAGUGUCAAAGGUUUGGGUGAUACGUGGUUAUGGCUGGAACAACAUAUCAAUAUUACAAGAAUAUGCAAACGAGGCUGAACUGAAGAAAAGGAAUCCUAUGCGUUCAAUAACUAAUAUUGCAGGUGUUGCAUGUGACGGAACUGGACACGCAAUAUACAAAGGUCAUUUAUACUGCAAUAGAGCUGCAACAAAUAAAAUGGUGAAAAUUAACAUGGACGCUGGAAGCAUUGUCCAAGAAAGAGACCUUCCAGAUGCCGGUGUCCACAAUAAAUACGCAUAUCAAUGGGGCGGUUUCUCUGAUAUUGACUUUGCCCUCGAUGACGACGAUGUUAUGUAUGUAAUUUACGGAUCUUUGGGUAGAGGUGGAAUUAUUGCAGUGAGUAAACUGGAUAAGGAAUCUCUUAGUAUCCUACAAACGUGGUACACGACACUCAGAAAGAAUGGAGCCGGGAAUGCAUUCAUGGUAAAAGGAGUGCUUUAUGUGUUAAACAGCUACAGCCGACCAACUCACAUUUCAUACAAAUUUGACACAAAUACCAACACAGGCACAACUCUCAGAUUGACUGAUAUUCCAUAUAACGGACCAAGCAAUGGUUAUCUUACUCAACUCGCUUAUAUGCCCGGGUGGGGCUUACUAUAUAUUUGGGACAAAGGUCUUCUACAGAAGGUACCGAUUGGCAUUAGUGGUUCAUAGGACUCCACACUGUAGUAAACAAUACAUACAACCAUUAUUUUCGUGACUUGAUCACGUGAUGUCAAAAUAAUUUGUAUCAAUGAUCA